CAAGAUCCUGUACACCGGGUCGGAUAGCAAGAACAUUCGGGUGUGGAAGGACAUGAAGGAAUUCGCGGCGUUCAAAUCCAACAGCGGCCUCGUGAAGGCGAUCAUCAUAUCCGGGGAGCGGAUCUUCACGGGCCACCAGGACGGGAAGGUCCGGGUCUGGAAGGUGAGCGAGAAGACCCGGGACGCGUAUAAACGGGUCGGGACAAUGCCCGCAUUUUUCGACAUUUUCAAAGCUUCGUUCCAGAGGAGCCCUGUUUUAAUAAAGCAUACGGACGCGAUUUCGAGCUUGAGCAUGGACGGAGAAGAGGGGCUGUUAUACUCUGCUUCGUGGGACGGGACGUUUAAGGUGUGGCGGAUCGAGAGCUUGAAAUGUCUGGAAUCCGUCGACGCUCACGAUGAUUCCGUUAACUCUGUCGUCGCCGCCGCGGACGGCGUGGUCUACACCGGCUCCGCCGAUGGCCGCGUUAAAGUGUGGAAGAGGGAAUCCGCCGGCAAGGCCGUCAAGCACGUUUAUCUCCAAACCUUGUUAGCCCAGGAGUUUGCUGUAACGGCGUUGGCGGUGAACAAGGACGGAACAGUUCUAUACGGCGGCUCAUCCGACGGGCUCGUUAACUUCUGGGAACGCGAGAAGCGGUUGUGCCACGGCGGGGUCCUCAAAGGCCACAAGCUGGCGGUGCUCUGCCUCGUGGCGGCGGGCCGAAAUAUGGUAUUCAGCGGUUCAGCGGAUAAGACGAUUUGCGUCUGGAGGUGGGACGGCCCGGUUCACAUGUGCCUCUCGAUCUUGGCCGGUCACAGUGGACCGGUCAAAUGUCUGGCGGUCGAAGAGGACAAGGAGUCAAGUGGGAAAUGGGUGGUGUACAGUGGAAGCUUGGAUAAGUCUGUCAAGGUUUGGCGCGUUUCUGAAUCAGCCCCGGAUUUGCAUCACAUGUAUGGUCGAGUUGACUGAAAUCUGGUUUUGGAAAUAUUGGCCAGCACCGGUCCGGCCCCUAUUGUCUUUGUCUAUUACUCGAAGGAAAUUAAUGUGUAACAAUCUCUUGUAAUAGAUUAAGAACCUGUCUCGGCAUGCAUACUUGAAGGCUAAUUCGAUUGUGUAAGUGUGUAUCCAAAUCCUUAUAUAUACAGCACCACAUACAGAGUAUUUUCAAUGAAAAAAAGUGGCCACUUUUAAAUAUGCA